CUUACAGGGCCGAUGUCCAUUGGAAUCACUGUGAUGCUGAUCAUACACAACUAUUGGUUCCUUUACAUCCCUUAUUUGACAUGGCUUCACUUUGACUGGCAUACCCCAGAGGGAGGAGGCAGGAGAUCCAGCUGGAUCAAAAAUUGGACUCUUUAGAAACACUUUAAGGACUAUUUUCCAAUUCAUCUCAUCAAAACUCAAGAUUUGGAUCCAAGUCACAAUUAUAUAUUUGGGUUUCACCCCUAUGGAAUAAUGGCGGUUGGAGCCUUUGGGAAUUUUUCUAUAAAUUAUUCCGACCUCAAGGACCUGUUUCCUGGCUUUACGUCAUACCUUCACGUGCUGCCACUUUGGUUCUGGUGUCCUGUCUUCUGAGAAUAUGUGAUGAGUACUGGGCUAGUUUCAGUUUCCAAGAAAAGUGUGUCCUACGUGGUAAGCAAGGAGGGAGGUGGAAACAUCUCUGUCAUUGUCCCUGGGGGUGCAAAAGAAUCACUGGAUGCUCAUCCUGGAAAGUUCACUCUGUUCAUCCGCCAGCGGAAAGGAUUUGUUAAAAUUGCUUUGACCCAUGGCGCCUCUCUGGUCCGUGUUUCUUUUGGUGAAAAUGAACUGUUUAAACAAAUUGACAACCCCGAAGGAUCAUGGAUUGGAACUGUUCAGAAUAAACUACAGAAGAUCAUGGGGUUUCCUUUGCCCCUGUUUCAUGCCAGGGGAGUUUUUCAGUACAAUUUUGGCCUAAUGCCCUAUAGGAAAGCCAUCCACACUGUUGUUGGCCGUCCGAUCCCUGUUCGUCAGACUCUGCACCCGACCCAGGAGCAGAUUGAGGAGUUACAUCAGACCUAUAUGGAGGAAGUUAGGAAAUUGUUUGAGGAACACAAAGGAAAGUAUGGCAUUCCAGAGCAUGAGACUCUUGUUUUAAAAUGA